AUGAGCGCCACGCUGAAAGCCUUGCAAGACCAUAGCACCAACCCUGUCUACGUCGACCUGAUGAAGGAACUGAAUAAUUUCACCGCAACGGACACCAAGCGGUAUGAUGAACCGUGUCUAAUCAGUACAGAAGUACGCCAAAGAGACAUUCACCUCUCCCGUACUUUUCCCGAUGGCGUUGGAAUCCCUCUUCUACCGUCUGAACUGGGCGGCGGCAUUAACAUCGACGGAAAACGGGUCAUCCAUCUGCACUUCACAGAGCAGAUCAUAUCAUAUAUGAACCAAAUAAACAAAGAUUAUGAAGUUGCAGGAUCAACAUGCCAUCGGUCUGAAGAUGAAAAUCUACAACAACGAACACAACGGGUACCGUCCCGCAGGUAG